AUGUAUAUAUUGCUGCUGUGCUUAGCGAUGGUAAUUUGGACGGAGGCGUUUUACCCUAACGCUGGACUUAACGACAAUUUAAUGUACACUCACCAACUGAUAACGCUGGAAGGGCUGGACAGAGUAGCGGCGAACUUUCUCUCGUCUAGUGGCCAGGUGACAUCUGAAUAUGAUUACGUCAUUAAACAACAUUUUGGAUCGGACGUAGACAGUUACGAAAGGUACAAGGCAAAAGCCGAGCAAGUGGCUAGAGCCGUAUCCGAUGUGUUCAGGAUUUAUGAAAAUGAUCCAGAUUACACAGUAAAUGCCGAACGAAUCUUGGAAGCACACAACAUAGUCCUGUCGACAUGGAUGGAAAUAUCAACGAUCUUGUCAUCGGAGACACUCACCGAUACAGCAAUGACAACAUUGGUAGACAGGGUAGGAAAAUGUUUGAUGAUAAUACAGUCUUUCUACAGCAACACCAACUGGGUCGAGAUGAAUGGCGCGGUACCAUAUACAAAUUUCGGCUCACCCGCAGCCCUGACAUUAAUGCCGAUAGCCUCGUCACAUAAAGAAACAUGCAAGUCUUGUGAUAACAGCUAUGCGGCGUUAAGAAUGGGAUCUUGUAAUGAUAAUUUGCUAGUUGAUGAUCACCUAACCAGUGGAUACAGAUCUGGACAGCUUAUCUCUACUAAACCCUCAGCUGAUAACUCUGACACUACAGGCAAAUGCAGUCAUGGCGGCGUCACAGAUGCUGGAGCUGAUAUUCCGCCGACUGGGGGAAUUAACAAAGAAACAACAGAAUGGGCACUUUCCCCGCAUGCACAUCUUCACUACGACGCUUCAGAAGCUGCUAUCCAAGCGACGGCACAUUUCUUUUUGAAUUCGGCAACUGGAAUACUCACGGACGUAACACAAGAAAACAUUAUGAAACUUCUUGGAUUACAACUAAAAUCGGCAACUUCUCUUGGAUUCGUCGUUGAUGUCAGUGGCUCCAUGGGAGAUGAUAUAGCGUCCGUGCGACUCGCGUUAUCUCAAAAAGUCAACGAGGCACGGCGGAGUGACGCAGCACCAGGCAUCUACGUACUAGCUACAUUCAGUGAUCCAGAAUAUUUAACGACAGCUAGAAAUACGACUGACGCCAAUGAAAUGAUCGAAUGGAUUGAUGGACUUUCAGCAAGUGGAGGGGGUGACUGCCCGGAAUAUGCAAUGUCUGGGCUCCUUGCUGGUGUUGAACUCUCGGAACCAAAUUCAGAAAUAUUCCUUGCCACUGACGCUAGCGCCAAAGAUUCCUCUGAUGCAAACACUGCCAUUAGUGCAAUAAUUGCGAAGGGGAUCAAAGUUCAUUUUCUGUUGACAGGAUCAUGUUCUUCGUCACGACGACAUAUUUUAUCUAGAAAGAAGAGAGACCUGGCGACAUUCCAGAAUAUAGCAGCAUCUAGCGGUGGGAGUGUGUACCAAAUCGGUAGCCUUGAACUCUCCACUGUCCUUGGUCAUUUACUCGAGGAAAACUUUGCAUCCUCUAUCGCCGUGAUGGACUAUUUUAUCCAGACUACUGGAGAGAGCAACUCUAUGACAAUAACGGUAGAUAGCGGAUCAAUUAGCCUGUUCAUCAGCAUCACUGGUCCACACAGCCUCACCGAAGCCUCAUUGUUGGACCCAUUAGGAAGAGUAGAAACCUUCUCAACAGAAAAUGCGACACGGCAUUAUUCCAGCUACAAAAUCAAAAUGACGAUUCAAAGUCCGACGCCCGGCACCUGGAUGCUGACACGCUUUUCCAGUAGAGAAUGGGAACUAAACAUCACCGUGUCCAGUGAACUCGAUAUCGACGUUCAGCUGAUAGAGACAGACGACUCUGGGAUACAUUACGUAUCUACACGGAACCCUAUAUCAGGUACAAACUACACGCUGGCAGUUGUUGUCUACAAUCUCAACACCUCCUCGACAUCCUUCAGUGUAAACAUUCUGGAUGCGGACGGAACAGUCACUUCUAAUACACCAAUAAACAUUACGUUUGGAGAGUCUAAAACCACUGGUUAUAUACCAAUUGUCAUACCUGCAGCAAACUUUUACGUCCAGCUGAUUGGGACCGAUCAAAAUGGCUUCCAGUUCAAGCGAAUGGCAGGAGCUAUGUUCACACCUGUUGGGGUGGAUUUAUUUGUUCAGCCAAUAUUCGGAAACCUUGAUAUCGGAACUCUUCAGAACAUUACCUAUACACUGAGUAACCAGGGAAGUACCACGGAAACAUACACAGUCAGCAUCGUUGACGAUAAGGGACGGGCCCUACCGCCAACGUCAAAGCAUCACAGCGUUAAUGCAGGAAGUAACGUCACCGAUAAUUUUCAGCUUUCUAGCACUACAGAGCUGGAAUACACGACGUACACCAUCAGCGUCACCUCCUUCGGAUCCUCAACUGUUCUGCAGUCCACGACAUACACAGUCAUGUUUACCGGCGCUUUUUGUUCUUCAUUCAUGACGACACCUAAAUGUGAGGUAGAAAAUACCGGUAAUUGUUCUUUGUUUUCGUGGUCUGCUUCUGCUGUUUUUUCAUUUGACGUGUCGACGUUCCUAGUCACAGAUAACGUGACUGUAGUCAUUGACGGGGGAGACACGACCCGCCUCUAUAUCAGUGGAAGUUGCUGUGUAACAAAUUUUACGUUGAAUGCAUUUCCUACGGCUGGAAGUGGUUGCCAGGCGACGCAGUAUGUGUACAAAUCCCUAUCGGGGUUUCAGUAUGUGACAUCAUUGGAAAUCACAGACGACACUUCUGGCAAGGAUGGGGAUGACGUCACAUACGUAACGGAGGACACAGAGACGAACCUAGGACUGAUCGCUGGGGUAUUAAUCGGGGUAGCGGUUCUCAUACUGGGUGUCACAGCCGUACUCAAGUACGUCACGUCGAAGAAGGUUGUUAAGGAAAAUACCAGCAUGGUUGAAUUUGAAGAGACCAAGCAUCCCGAUACUUCACAGAGAACGAGAUUCGACCCGAAAACACUGAGUCCUAAGGCGUGGGAUUGCGAGGUAACGUUUGCACCACGUCCACCAAUGACUACAAGAAUGAAAUUUUGA